UGUGCCACUUGUUUUUGAGAUGUCAUUGAAGCCUUGCCUCCUGUGAGUGAGUGAGUGUUCAGACUUCAAUAAUGGCAACGAGAAAAAUCGGUUUAUAACUUUUGGUUUCUGGAAGUGGAUAUUCCCGGCUCGCGAGAUCAACCAGCAGAAUAAGUGCCCCGUGAAGAUACAGCCAGUGCUAUUCCAAGCGUUCUGCAUUUAAUCCGUAAGAUAAGAUCUUUAUUUGUGCAAAACGGUGAACCUGUAGAUGCUUGGCGAAAUUUACACUCGAGCGGUAUAGUAAACGAUUCUAUAUAGCAAAAUGCGUCUAUUUCCGGUACGGAUGUCCAACAUCAAUAAGAUGUUGGAUUUCUACUCCCAGUUCAACCCAUCACCUUUGAGCAUCAAACAGUUCAUAGACUUCGGCCUCAAUGCGUGUCCAACGAAGUCAUACAUAUUUCUUCGAAAAGAAUUGCCAGUCAGGUUGGCCAACAUAAUGAAGGAAAUCACUCUUUUGCCGGAAAGUCUAUUGAGGAUGCCUUCAGUGGGUUUGGUUAGUGCAUGGUACGUGAAAAGUUUCGAGGAAGUUCUUGCGUUUGAGAAAACAGAACCCACUGGUGACAAUCUAGAAAAAUUUUGCAAAUCUCUCAUACAAAUCCGGGAACGACAUUCGGAUGUGGUGCAAACCAUGGCACAAGGUAUUCUGGAGCUGAAAGAAUCGCGAAAUGGGCUUAUCGAACCAUCAACUGAGCUUUCAAUGCAGUACUUCCUAGACCGACUUUAUAUGUCCCGCAUCAGCAUUCGUAUGCUAAUCAACCAACAUACCAUUCUAUUCGGUGAGAUUCCGCAAUCUGGCAGACACGUCGGAUGUAUUGAUCCUCUGUGUGAUCCACAUAUGGUCGUCCAAGACGCAUACGAGAAUGCACGCUUCUUAUGUGACCAGUACUAUCUCGCUAGCCCUGAAUUGGAAGUCAUAGAACACAAUGAUCUAGAAAAAGGUAAACCCAUCAAAAUAGUGUACGUACCAUCACAUCUGUAUCACAUGCUGUUCGAGCUGUUCAAGAACUCAAUGCGCGCCGUGAUGGAGUACCAUGGUACCGAAGAUGAUAUUCCUCCACUCAAGGUGACCAUUGUUAAGGGAAAAGAGGACAUUUGUGUUAAAAUGUCUGACCGCGGCGGUGGUAUUCCCAGAUCCUAUGUCGAUCAGUUAUUCAAGUACAUGUACAGCACAGCACCCCAACCUCCCAAGUCCAAAUCGGACCUUCCACUCGUUCCUUUGGCCGGUUAUGGCUACGGUUUACCUAUUUCGAGGCUAUAUGCGCGUUAUUUCCAUGGAGACCUGGUGUUGUACUCAUGUGAAGGAUACGGGUCUGAUGCUGUGAUAUAUCUGAAGGCACUCUCCGAUGAGGCAAACGAACUUUUGCCCAUCUUCAACAAGACCAGCUCUCGCUUCUACAAGGCCACGGUGCCAACCGGGGACUGGUCCAAUCAGAACUCGGAUAUGAACUCUAAGCAGAUGAACGCGCAAAGCAGACGUAACACAACAGUGUCCAAUUGAAUAAACUGAGUUGCCAUUUUUAUACAUUCGUCGAAUAAUUUGUCUUAUAAUUAUAUAUGAACAUUACUUUCAUUAUUGUGCACGUAAUUUUU